GCACGGACCGUCUUCCGAAUCCACUGAGCUAAAUAUCUCGCAACAUGGAUAUCGUAUACCAUUGUAGUUGCAUUCAGAAAGGAGUUCUUCGCAAGCUAGCUAAAAAUGACGUCGAUCAAGGAAGAUGAAAAGAAAGAAAUCCCCGAAAUCAUUCACGAUCCACAAACUAACAGCACCUACCAAAGAUUACGGUUUUUUGGCAAGGGUGGCUUUGCAAAAUGCUACGAGAUCCAAGACAUAGCCUCCAACCAGAUAUAUGCUGGAAAAAUUGUUUCAAAGAAACUAAUAGUGAAGUCAUCGCACAAAGAGAAGAUGGCUCAAGAGAUCUCCAUUCACAGGUCUCUCCAGCACAAGCAUGUAGUUGGUUUCCACAGUUUCUUUGAGGACUCUUUGAAUAUUUAUAUAAUAUUGGAGCUUUGUAAAAAACGGUCGAUGAUGGAGCUUCACAAGCGUAGAAAAGCAAUUACAGAACCAGAGACUAGGUUCUACAUGCACCAGAUACUGCUUGGCGUGCAAUAUCUCCAUAGUAAGAGGAUAAUACACCGAGACUUGAAACUUGGCAAUUUGUUCCUUGAUGACGAUCUUCAUGUAAAAAUUGGAGAUUUUGGUCUUGCAGCAAGGAUUGAAUAUGAAGGAGAGAGAAAACAGACUCUGUGUGGUACCCCAAACUACAUUGCCCCUGAGAUAUUAACAAAGAAGGGCCACUCAUUUGAAGUGGAUAUCUGGAGUCUGGGCUGCAUCAUGUACACGCUGCUUGUUGGCAAACCGCCGUUUGAGACGUCCACCCUCAAGGAUACAUACAAAAGGAUUAAACAGUGCGAAUACAGGAUUCCGUCGUCGCUUCGCAAACCGGCGGCGUCCAUGAUUGUACUGCAGUUGCAAUCGAACCCUGCGCGUCGUCCGUCCGUGGACAAACUUCUGCAGCAUGAAUUCUUCUCAUCGGGGAUUUUGCCAGCCGGGCUGCCCGUCUCUUGCCUCACCACAGCGCCGCGCACUGACCAGCUCGAGGGCAUGCUGGUACACCGCCGCCCUCUUAACGAAGUUCAUGCUAACGAACAAGAGACGAUGGCAGUGGACUCGCCCGUCAAACGCGAAGCUACCCCCGCGGGGCCACGAGCCGUGGAACCAACGUCGCACCGCCAGAAUUUUAUUGCACUGCGAGACCAGCUCGCUGCAUUGUUGGUUAACAAGCUGAAAUGCCGACCGGAGGCUCUGACAGACGAGCUGAGCGAUCCCGCAGCACAGCCGCUGGUGUGGGUUGGCAAGUGGGUCGACUACAGCGACAAAUACGGAUUCGGAUACCAGCUCUGCGACGAGAGCGUCGGUGUCAUGUUCAACGAUACUACCAAGCUUAUCAUGCUCGCUAAUGGACUGAAUGUGCACUACAUCAAUCGGCAGGGCCAAGAGCAGUACAUGACGAUGCGCGAUUACCCGCAAGAACUCGACAAAAAAAUGAAACUCCUUACAUACUUUAGACGAUACAUGACCGAACAUCUCAUGAAAGCUGGUGCUUCAGUACCAGUGCGAGAGAGUGAUGGUCUGUCUCGUUUGCCACAUUUACACCAGUGGUUUCGAACAACUUUAGCUGUUAUUAUGUACCUGACUAACGGAACUUUACAGAUAAACUUCCAAGAUCACACAAAGAUAAUACUGUGUCCACUUAUGCAAGCUGUCACCUACAUAGAUAUAGAGAAGAAUUUCAGAACAUUCCGCUUUAAUACCAUUGAAGAGCAUGGCUGUGAUAAAAAGCUUUACACAAACCUCACAUAUGCAUUGGAAAAACUAAACAGUGUAUUGGCAAACAAACUGUGCUAGUUUUCACUGAACCUAAAUGAGUAAAUGAAUUUGUGGGCUUUGUGGAAAGCUCCAAUGAAGAACUGUGUAAACCAAGAGACCCUGCUUAUGUAAAUAGCAAAAAAGUUUGAAAUCACUACAAAUUUUCAUCAUUCUGUUCUUAUUGAUUGAGAUAGUCUGUACUUGAUAAAAAAAAUCUUUACACUUAAAUUUCCUAGGGUCUCCUACUUUUCUAAAAUAAAAAUUAUAUUACCUUUUGUAUUUUUAGGAUAGUCACCAGUAUAUUAUAAUUUAAUAGAAGGGUCACUAAAAUCAAUUUUGUACCCUAAAAUUUCAAACUUAGGUUAAAAAUCCACCGAUACUGUCUAUUUAUUUAGUAAAUACUUUUUAAUGAUUUAGCAUCAAAUUAUUUUGCCGAUUCAGUAUAUGAGCAAAACUUUCGACUUUUUUUUUUAUUCUUUAAAUAUGUGUCUUUGGUUGUUAAUACAUAUUAUAUUCCAUUUGAUGCAAAACUUACUGACUUUGCCAUUUCAGGGAAUGAUUUGAUUUCUAUCUACAUAUUUCUAAACAUCUACAAUAAUUGAUGGAAGAAUAAAUUUAAUUUUAGAUUUUAAUUUCUUUGCCAUUUUAAAAGCGCCCUUUGACAGGGGCUGUGGUGCGAUAUCAAGAAAGUUUGGAGUUAUUUAGUUUUAUAACUAUAUUUUUAUAACAUUUUGUUUUGUGCUUCAACAGCAUCAAUUACAAAUUGUUUCAUGUUCGUAAUGAAAUAAAAUUAAUGUAAUUCAGCAAGUGUUCAAUAUUUAGUCGUUAGAAUUCGUUAUGCGUGAAAAGAAAUCGAUUCAGUACUGUAUGUAUCAAUUUCAUUUUGCAACUUGAAAGUUUGGUGGAUGGUCUGCUGCUAC